UCAACACAACAACACUCUCAGCCUGUUGGCCCGCUGACCCCGCGGCUCUGCGGCUGGAGGCGGACACAUUCCUCUGUCCUCCCCCAGGACUCACUGACUGCCGGGGGAGGGAGGGAGGCUGCUGCACGCAGUUAAUUAGUGAGGAAGAAGAAGAAGCGGCAGGACGGGACGGGACAGCGCACCGCCCCUCCAAACUGCUGCAGGCUCCGGCUACAACCGCAGCCAACCCUCCGGACUCCAGCUCGACAGUUUGGAGUUUUGAGGCUGCUGAAGGAAAGUUUACGCGUCACAGUCUGAUUGUAGAGAGGAUUUAACGCAGACUGGUGGAUCUUUGUUAAGUGUAGUCUAAAGUCUAUUUUGAGUAGGCUAGUGUUUUUAAGCUUUGGAGUUUCGGUUUGAAGUUUUUGGGUCACAGAAGAAAAGCAAUGCAAUCGCGUGGAUCCGCGUGAAGUGUUUUUUAACUGAUCCGCGCGGUGCGCUAGUGUCAGCACCGAACCCUCCAUCACCCCGGCGGGGCUGAGGGAAAGUAAGAAACCACCUGUUGUGAAAGUUUCCUGGAGCCUCUCACGGAUAAACACGAGCUGCUAAAACAAGACACCGGACGGAGCCGAGUGGGAGACGCGCAGAGAGCGGAAUGCGGUUUUUACGCACGGAGCAGCCGCAGAUUCCGAGAAGGGGCUCCUCUCUAAUGAGUGAUUAUCUCCGCACACAUCUCUCCGGGCUCUGUGUUGUGUGUUGGCAGUGAAAAUGUUGCCAUGGUGCCCCGGGCUCAGAUGAGCUGGACCCCGGAGUUCCGGUCGGGAUGGCUCGGGAGGACGCGGUGAGGUGUCUGCGCUGUCUGCUGUUCGCGCUCAACCUGCUGUUCUGGCUGAUGUCAGCAUGUGUGCUGGGAGUGGCAGCCUGGAUCAGAGACCCCCUGAACACCGUCCUGACCCUGACAGCCCACACCAGGUUGGAGGAAGCAGCCAUCCUCACUUAUUCUCCAGCUGUUCAUCCUGUCAUCAUCACUGUGUGCUGCUUCCUCAUCAUCGUGGCCAUGGUGGGAUACUGCGGCACGCUCAGAUGUAACCUGCUGCUGCUGUCCUGGUAUUUCUGCAGCCUGCUGGUGAUCUUCUGCGUGGAGUUGGCGAGCGCUGUGUGGACCUACGACGAGCCCGCGGUGCAGCGCUCUGACAUGAUCAGCCUGAAGUCUCGGAUGCCCAACUUCGGCCUGCAGCGUUACCAGUGGCUCACACACACCUGGAACAGCUUCCAGACAGAGUUUAAAUGCUGCGGGGUGAUCUACUUCACCGAUUGGCUGGAGAUGACAGAGAUGGAGUGGCCACCUGACUCCUGCUGCUCCAAUCAGUAUCCAGGAUGUGCUCGCCACGCCCACUACCACGACCUCAGUGACCUCCACCAAGAGGGCUGCGGUCCAAAGAUCUACAGCUUCAUUCGAGGGACGAAGCAGCUGCAGGUGUUGCGUUUCCUGGGCGUGUCCAUCGGCGUGGCUCAGAUCCUGGCCAUGGCGCUCACCCUCACGCUGCUCUGGGCGCUUUAUUACGGGCGAAAGUCUCCGGAACUGGACUCUGCAACACCGCCGCCGCCAGAUGACUCCACCCCCCUCACGGUGACACAUGGCCCCUCAGUGAAGCGUCCAGACAGGCUGCAACCGCACAGAUCGAAGCUGCACUAG